AUGUCCCAACAUACCCUAGAGUAUAGCAAGAGUUCGCGGGCCAAAUGUAAUGGCGCACCACCCUGCAAGGGCACGCUCAUCCCGCUGGGUGCUCUGCGCUACGGCAGACUCGUCAGGAAUGAUUUCGGAGAACAAAUAAAGUGGAUGCAUUGGGGUUGCGUCACUGGGCCCAUCUUGGGAGAGCUGGCUGGUUAUGGGAUCAACCGCGUUGAGGGCUUCAACGAACUUCGGGCUGAAGACCAGCAAAAGAUCCGCAGGGCACUCGCAACGCGUAAGGUCGACCCAGCAGACGUCCCAGAGUCGGCAAAGGUCGCGCCGCCUGCACCUCUUCCAGCGCCGGCAUUUUCUCAAAGCAUGCCCUCGUCUCAAGGUCUUCCCUCGUCCUCGCAACCCACACCCUCUUCUUCACAACCCAUGCCGUCGUCCUCGUCACCUUCGAAGCCCAGCCAGGCCGAGCGCAAGCGUAAAGCUAUGGAGGCCGCCACCGCAAGCGGCAGCUCUUCUAUCGCUCGACCUGGUAGUGGCCUCUUACCGUCCCAAAGUCUCCCUCCGCAGUCCGCACGUCGCACGAAUCAGCCUUCGGGCAUCACCUGGGAAAUAGAUGACGGUGACGACGAUAUUGAGGUUAUCGAGCAGGAACCCAUAGACGAACUAUAUGUCUCGUACCGCACCAAUAUCGUUGGCGUUCAAUACUACAAGGGACUGGUCGCCCUGGGACAGGAAGUUAACGUUCUACGUGAACCUACCAACCGCUAUGACUCUAACGCAGUCAAGAUCACGAAUAUGUCCGGAGAGCAAGUCGGCCACAUCCCCAAGGAGGUGGCUGCAAAGCUCGCCCCACUCAUGGACAAGAAGCUCGUCAGGCCAGAAGGCGUCAUGAACUCCGGAAACAUGAACGGGAAGCAUUAUACGCUGCCCAUGACUAUUAACAUAUAUGCGGACGCGCGCAAGCGCGCCAUUAUGGAGCCGCAACUCAUGUGGGCUACGUCUGGACGCGGUUUCCCGGGGCGGGCCUCUACGACUACAACCGGGAGCGGAGCGGGUCCGUCGCACUCUCAAGGACUGCCAUCUAGUUCCCAGGCUCCUCGUCCCGGUGCAGCCAUGCCGAGAGCGCCGGCCCCGGCCCCGGCGUACACCACAGGCGCGCAGUACCCGUACUCUUCACAAAUGAUGUCGUCGCAGCCGUCGCCAGCCGAUCAGGCGAAGGCGCGAGAGGAAUUGAUGAAGAAGCAAGAGCAGUUCGCCAAAGCUGCAGAGCUUCGUGACAUACUCAAUAACCUGGAGAAGGUCAACGACGAGGGUCGUCGGAGUAGUUUGCUGGACCAGCUGUGCUCAUCAGACGAUAUCCUGAAAUUACCGGAGUUCCCCAAUCCUCCUGGCAAGGCUUCGGGCGAGUUCACGGUUGACCUUUUGAAGCAUCAGAAACAAGGUCUGCAGUGGUGUUACGAGCACGAGUACCCCCAGCUACCCAAGAAAGAGGGCGAGAAGCCGGUACAGUUCUGGCUAUAUAAGAAGGCAGGCAACAGGGUCUUCUACUACAAUAUGGCCACAAAGACACCGCAGACUGCGGCUCCCAUUCUCGGCCGCGGCGCGUUGGUUGGGGACAGCAUGGGCUUGGGUAAAACGCUCACAAUGCUCUCGCUCAUCGUUGCCACGAAGAAGGACGUGCCGACGGAUGGGCAUUCCGCCGCUACGCUCAUCGUGGUUCCUCUAUCCAUCAUCUCGAACUGGGAGAAGCAAAUCCAGGAUCACUGCACCCCCGGUACAAUCAAGUCCAUUGUCUACUACGGCGAUAACCGCGGCCUUUCUGCCAAGGAUCUUGAAGGUUAUGACGUUGUCAUCACUACGUAUCAGACGGUAGCAGGUGAACAUGCGAACCACACCGGUCUGUCGUCCAGUAAGGGUGCACCGUCCAAGAAGAAGCAGAAGCAUGAGAAUAGUCUUAUGACGAUGAAGUGGAAGCGCGUUAUCCUCGACGAGGGUCAUAAUAUCCGUAACGAACGUACGAAGAUGGCUCAAGCAAUAUUCGCUCUUACUGCACAACGGCGCUGGGUGCUGACGGGUACUCCGAUCAUCAACUCGCCGUCUGAUCUGGGCUCCAUGGUGCGCUUCCUCAGGAUCUGCGCGCCUCUGGAUAAUCCAGAGAACUUCAAACGUCUCAUCAUCCGCCCACUCAAGAACGCGGACCCCUCCGGAACCGAAAUUCUACGUGCGCUCAUGGCGCAAAUCUGUAUGCGCCGUACCAAGGAGAUGCAAGACGCCGAUGGCAACCCUCUCGUUCCCCUCCCCCCUGUCGAGAUGACUGUAGUCCGCGUAACCUUGCAUCCUGAUGCUCGAGAGUUGUACGAUCGUGUUGAAGAGAUCUCGCGAGACCGCAUUGACCGUGCCCUAAAUCAGAGCAACGGAGAACUCGCGAACAUCUCUGUGACCACGAACGCGCUUAGCAUGCUCACGCGACUAAGGCAGCUUGCUCUUCAUCCUGGCUUGAUACCUGCGGACUACGCUGAACAGCUUCUGAAGGCCGAUGAGGAGGAGGACCCGGGCAAGGCUGCACAGGACAUCACGCCCGAGGAAAGGGUUCGAUUGCAAGGCCUCCUCGCGCAAGCCAUCGAGGACAACGAGGAAUGUCCCGUCUGCUUCGACGUCUUGGAUAAUCCUCGCAUCACAAGCUGCACGCAUCGUUUCUGUUACGAAUGUAUCCUCGAGGUUAUCAACCGUGUCGGGAAGUGCCCCAUGGACAGGCGUACCAUCACUAUCGGAGAUCUUAUAGAGCCCGCGCCUCCCAUGGAGUUGACGCAAGUCCCUGUUCGUUCUGAGGAGGAGGAAGACGCAGCGGGCGCACUGCACGAGCUUCGCACUGGCUCAUCCGCCAAGAUUGACCAGCUGGUUCACCUGCUUUCCUUGACGCCAGCGACGGAGAAGUCCCUUGUUUUCUCCCAGUUCACUACCUUUUUGGACAAGAUAGCCGAAGCACUCGAUGAAGCUGGAAUCGACUACUGCCGGUUCGACGGCCAGAUGUCGGCGCGACGUCGUCAAGAGACGCUAGAUGCAUUCUCUGUACCCUUGCGCGAGGACGACGCCGAUGAGACACCCGCUCCUAAGCCGCGCACACAGAAACGCCCAAGUGCUUCUCAAUCUGCAUCUGCGUCGACUACCAGUUCGCGCUUACGUCGACGAGCGAGCUCACAGAAGAGCCUGUUCGGUGGUGAUGAAGAGAUGGCUGGAGCGGAUGACGAUGACGACUUCGUUCUUGGAGUGGAAGAUGAAGACGACGACGAUUUCAUUGACGAUGAGGACGAUGAUUCCGCGUUCGCCAGCAAGAGUAAGAAGGGCAAGGGUAAGGCGAAGAGUAAAGGCAAAGGUAAAGCCGCACGGCCGAGGAAAGCGACCUAUGCGCACUUGCCGUCUGGACGCAACCCUAAGGUCAUGCUCAUCUCGUUGAAGGCGGGUGCGUUAGGACUGAACCUGACCGUCGCCAAUAAUGUCUACCUCAUGGAUCCGUGGUGGCAGGAGGGCAUCGAGAGUCAGGCCAUCGAUCGGUGUAACCGUAUUGGACAGACAAAGCCCGUCCAUGUUUUCCAGCUCAUCGCAGAAGACACUGUAGAGUCUAAGGUCCUCGAUAUUCAAGAGAAGAAGAAGAACCUGAUCAAGGAAGCCUUUGCCGGGAUGAAGAACAAGGAGACGCAACGACAGAAGAAGGAAGCGCGCUUACAAGACCUUAUACACUUAUUCGGUGUCCGUCUUGCGGCAAGCCAGUCGCAAAGCCAAGCCCGUGCACGCCCUGCCCCAAGACAGGCGACGCUUCAGUUCGAGAUUGUUGACGGUUCCGAUACAGAGCCUGAAUCGGAAUGA